CAAUACAGAGAGAAGAAGAAAAAGUGAAGCGAUCAUUAAAAGAAGCGGCAAAGAAAGGUGAUAAAAGUGUCUGCAUCAUUUUAGCCAAGGAAGUGUUAAGAGCUCGUAAGGCAAUCACUAAAAUUCAUACUUCAAAAGCUCAUCUGAACUCUAUUCAGCUGCAGAUGAAGAACCAGCUUGCCACUUUAAGAGUUUCUGGCUCUCUACAAAAGUCAACCGAAGUGAUGCAGUCCAUCCAAAGGCUGAUUAAAGUGCCAGAGGUGGCUGCUACCAUGAGGGAACUCUCCAAGGAGAUGAUGAGAGCUGGCAUCAUAGAGGAGAUGAUGGAGGAAACACUGGAGGGAGUGAUGGAUGACGGGAUUGAAGAUAUGGAGGAGGAAGCCCAGGAGGAGGUGGAUAAGGUUCUCUGGGAGCUGACCGCUGGAGCACUGGGUCAAGCACCGGCCGUGGUCUCAGACAGUCUACCAGCAGCGUCAGUCACAGAGUCAACUUCUGCUGAGGUCGAGGACCCAGAAGAGUUGGAAGAGAUGCAGAGUAGGCUUCAGAAGCUUCGCAGCUAGUCGACUCUCCUGCCUAGUUUCUUACUUAAUUUAUUAUUCCAAAGUAUAUAUUUUUGUAUUUUAAGAGCUAUAUUCAUGUUGUUUUUGUUUAGUUAGUUGUUAAGCAUAUUGUGAAUGCCUAUAACUGUUUUAGAUUUUACCAUGCGUCUUGCAAAUAUUAUAAAAUGAAACUAUGCAUUUUAAUGUUAAAUCUCCAAUGAUAUAUUAAAAAGGUAUUGAAAUUUAAAUGAAUGAAAUUGAAAAACAACUUCAGUUUGGGUUCUUGUGUCUGACUAAUUUGUUAGGUAAUGAACAUGAAGUUUUAAUUACAAUAUAGGCAAUAACUCACAAUUUUUAGUUGCAAACUAUAUAGUUUUAUAACAGUGGGUUCUAUAACCUACCUUAGAAAAGAAAUUUAAUUACAUUUUUCUUAAAUGUACAUUGAAAGUUUACAUGGCAUUUCUUAACCCUUCCCACCGCUGUAGAUUGAUAUAUUAGAAUGGCAGACGUUGACCAAAACGCCAAAUACAGUUAUAUCCGAUAUUAUAAAUUCUCUUGGAGAAUUUUGUAGUUCACAAAAGGCCUACGAAAUUCAAUUCCCGGUGCAUGCUUAUUGCGGUUGCCAAGGAAGUAUAUAUAAACGUCCUGCACUCGAGCGCUCUUUGUCUAACUCCAACCACCUGCUCCCAGAGCCAUAACCAAACUUAUCCAUGGCAUGAAUGACUCCUUUCUCAGUUGUCACGAGUGUAUGUCUACUUCGUAUCUCGUUAUUAUUCUUCAUCAUGUGGUAGUGUUGUGAUUAGUUUGAAAUAUUUCUCUUAUUUUAUAGUAAAAUUUUACAACGAAGUAGAAAAUAUUUUUGAAAUAAACAGUUUUGUAAAUAGUUCUUUUUUAUUUGUAUUAUUAAAUACGCUAAUUUUAAAUAAAAUACCCUGUUUGAUGAUACAUUUUUUGCUUUUACAUUUGAUAAUUUAGCUAUGAAAAAAAUUAGCUUUAAGCUUACCAAACAAACAAUUUGUACUUGUUUUGGCAUUACAGGAAAAUUAUUGGAUUUAUUACUGGCGUGUGAAGGGCUAAGAACUCUGUAACUUUUAUUGUAUAUGUAAAAAUAACUGUCAAACCGUUCAUUGUUUAUUUUGGAGAAAUGAAGAAAAAAUUUACUUGCACCUAGAAAAGGGUAUGGCCUACUGUAAAUAGUAUAAUAUAAUUAUUAGUUAACCUUAAAAAGAAAUAAAAAUAUCUCAGCCAGGCAUUAUUUAUGUUAUUUUGUAAAUGAUUAUUUUACAACAAACUUUUGAUUAUUUCCAAAUAAUUAACACAAAAUUAAACUUUCAAGUAAUGAUUAAAGUAAUAACACUAGUUUGGGUCUUACAGGAAUUUUCUGUGAGAAAAAAAUCUCUUUUGUUUUUUUUAUACAUCUUUGGAACAAGAGUAACAUAAGAAAAUAACUAAAAUCACUGCACCCAAAUAGCAAUACUUAAUAAUAAUAGUAAUAGCAUUUCAAGUAUUUUGGAGUAAAUCUCCUGGUUGUGCUGCUAUGAUUUGGAGUAUAACAAACUUCAUGUAUAGUAUGCAACUCUAAUUGGUUUCUUUAACUUUUUUGUCCUAUCCAAACGGAAAAAAAAUACUUAAGUUGUGAUCUAUACCCCAGUUAUUACAAAUAACAAUAAAAUAAGUUCUGUUGGGAUUUCUUAAUUUUACUUGCUGUUUCACAUAGGUGUGGUAUUAAUCCUGAAUUAUUAUCUCAAGAAGAAGUUUAUAACAUCUUGUGUUGGCUGCCUCUUGCACUUUUUUGGUGCUUAUUUUUAAAGGAAAAGGUCAUUCAAAAUCCUGGCAAUUUGGGGAUUUAAAAUAGCAGUUAAAUUGGCUAACAAUGUAAAAGUUUGUUAUAAUAGUUGAACUAAGUGACAUUGUUGUCAUGGUUACUGUUGGAUUUUUAAAGUAAUUUUGUGUUUUUAUGUUUUAAGUAUUUAUGCCAAUUAUAAAACUUUUAUUCAGUUUUUAUACUUUUAUUCCAUUUUUACAAAAAAGCAGCAUUAAAACUAAAAAGUGACAUAAAUGUUAAGUAAAACUUACUGAGUGUGUUUUUUCACCGCUCAGAUUUCGCGUUCAUACAAAAUUUUGGUAGAAACAAUACUCGCAACUAAGCAAUUCGCUUUUUAAUUUUCACCUUUGAAGUAAUAUUUUUGGGCUUUGUUUUGCUCUUAUAUUUUAUCAUCUAAUCUAAAAGGUUGAAUGGUUAUUUAACAAGUUUCAAAAAAGGUGCAAGUCUCACUAGUAAUGACAAAAUAUUAAAAAAUUAAAUAAUUAAUUUUAGUUUAACAAUUCAACAAAUAACAGUCAGGAAAAAUUUACAGGCUUCAUCCUUCACUACUCUAAAUACUAAAACUAGGCUAGAAAUGAUUUUUUUUAAUGCUAAUAAAAUAUAUACACAUCAACGUUUAAAAUCUAAGAACUGACAACUAACCUAACUCAUCCACAGGACAAUGUAGGACUUACAUCUAUCAUGUACACUGGGGCUCCAUCGCAGGAUGGUAGACACAUUUGCAUGAGAGGGCCACACCAUAAUGCCAGGAGACACCCAGCUGGACUAGGGUCCAAUUGGUCUAAUCUCAGAUACCUAGAGAGCCAACAAUAAAGGCUCAUCCAUGUCUUCUACUACACCUCUAUCGAAUGAGACAGGCAAGCAACCAUAGGCAAAAGACCAAGGACCUCAUCACAACGUCCACUGUAGGCAAUAUUGUGGCAAAACAUUUGUGCAGUAACGUCAAUUUUCAGCACCCUAACGCCUACAACCACUGACAUGAAAUUUGCUGUACACGAAGCGCCAGUUAGCAAAUUAUGUCUCAUAAAGGAAGUGGUUAGAGGUGGGACACAGUGGUAACUUGAACCACUUUGCCCUGAUUCAGCUUUGAUAAUAUGGCGGACCAAUACCUAAACUGUGAAACCAGGCAGGGUGAUAUACUGGACUGUGAACUCAUCCACUAAGGAGCUAUGAGCUGGAGAGAUGAUCAAGAGCAACAAGCAAAAAAUGUUAUAAUUGAUGAGGUAUUUUUAUUGAACUUUAUUAAAUUCCAAAAUAUACAAAAUGUUUCAAAAUUUUUUCUGAGUAACAAAUGUUGCACUAAAGCAUGAACAAAAAUUAGAACAAUUUUAAAAACAGAAAAUUAUACCAAGUAAAACACACUAAUAGCUGAUAGUGUCAGCUGAUUCUCACCAUGCUGACUGAACUUCUCACAAUGUUCCAAAUUAGUACUUCUAGUUUUGUCAGUACAUAAAGGAAUCUUUCGUACGUUUUACUUUACAAACAUAAAUAUUUAAUAAACCUGUAAUAUCUGUAACACACCAUAAACAUUCCUCUUUAUGAAUAUAACACUUUGAGUGUUAAAUCAAUUGAUUGUUAAGCUGCAGUUCAUUGAUGUAUGUGGAUAAGAGAAUAAUAAGGAGUAAAUUAUACAUGGUUAACCAGUUAGAUGAUAAAGGUGUGUAGAGUAAAGAAAGUGAGUUAUGUUUUUGGUUUACCCUUGAACUAACAAUGGACAAUUGAAGUUGAUCUAAACUGCGCACAAAAAAUUCCAAUGGACUACAAUCGAUUUGGUGUAUCCCCAUUUUACAGAUCUGUUUUAAUUCAUGUGUCAAUACCAUUAUCAUGAUUCAUAUACCUCAUUAAUCGGAAAGAAAUGUUUAUUUCAGUGGUGUAUUUUGUUUUUUUCUGUAUUGGUAAUAGUGAUGAAUCUGCAAUGCAAAGAAUGUUACAAGAUGAAAUGAUCGCUUGGUCUGUGUUAUUGAAUAUAGGUCAUUUGAAAGAAUGAAAGGAUUUUGGACAUUUACUAUUGUUGUAUGUUACAAAAAUAGAACAUCUGUUUGAUUGAAAUCAACCCUCUCCUUCAGAUGUAAAAAAAUUCUAAUACAUAAGGAUAAAAUGUGCAAAAGCUAUAGUGUGGCGAUGAACUUGUCAAUAACAGCAUAAAGUCCAGAUUGGUGAGACUAAACCCAAGCAAACAAAGAGCACAUCACAACACGUAAGGGAAGGCUGUGUAAAAAAAACAAUGCCGGCACCUGUAGUAUUGUGGAAAAUAUUUCUUUAUCAUCAGUGGUUUUAUUUUACAUUUGUACAUUAUGAUUUUGUAGAUAUAAUUAGUCUUAUUAAAUAUAUUCUUUAUGUAUUUUGUAAGUACAUUUGUGAUUAUAUAAGUAAAUGUGUGCAUAAUUGUUGGAUUAAUCAACUUGUGUAAUUUAUUUUGGAAUAUUCUGAUUGUUAGUUGAUAAAUAUAAACAUGCAAGUAUUUCUCUUUUAUAGUACAUGUUAUGUUGACAUUUAGAUAUAACUUAAACAUGCGUAGUGGAAAUUAUUCUAUACUAUUCACAUUUAUGAAUUAUAAUGUUUUUCUUCAUCAAAACAUGUACCACAUCAUAUUUUCAGAAAAUUAGAACAUUUUGUGUAUUAUCAAAUUUUAAAUGUUAUUACAUUAUUAUUCUUCAUCAGAUCCAGUCUCACCACUUUUAAAUGAAUAUUGUUUUUAUUUCAAACUUAUUUUCUUGAAGUAAAGUUUACUCUUUAAAUGAACAUUUGAAUAAGCUAUAAUUAUCUAGAAAUACUUGUGAAAAACUCUUUUUUAAGUACUUAAUCAUAAUUUGACGUUCUUUUUAAAGACUUAAAAAUAUUUCAAGAUUACACCAUAAAACUAAUUUAUGAAGCACCUGGAUUUUGAAAGCUUUGAGCUCAUUCAUUAGCAACAAUUCUUAAAGGAGAAACAUGACAAUUAUGUUGAGUAGUGCACUUGAGAUCUUGAAACUUAAUUACAGCAAUGAUGACAACUUCCCUAGCAAUGUAUUGUACGUAGGGUUCAAACUUGGUUUCCUUUAUGCCCCUCUAAAAUGGCUGCUUUCUUCUUUUGUAUCUGAUAUCUAAUUUGGUGGCAAGAAGUUGAAACAAGUUAAUAAACAUGUCAGUUUCCAUGUGGUUUAAAUCAUUGGCAGCACCUUUUUGUGAUGAAGUAAGAGCUUGAAUCACAUUAUAACAAGUCUUAUAAAUCUUACUAUUGUCUUGCCUCUUUUAAUAUCAAAACAAUAAUUGAUUUUAUGUAAAUUAUUGUAAACUUGUUAGUGAGAAAAUUUUUUAAUAUAUUUAUGUUAUUAUUACAAAAAAAUUCUAACAAAGGAAAAGAGAAGAUAUUUUCUGAUCAGUUUAUUUAUCUUAAAAUUACUGUAUGCAAAUAAAUGAAUUGUCCUGGUAUUAUUAACAGUUUUCAUAAAUAGGUUAUCAAUGCUUUUGCUGUGCCUUUUACAUAUAAUCUACGGCUUUUAAUGUACGGAGAAAUCAACAUUUCUGUUUGUUUUUAAAUAAUUGCAUUAUUUAUAAUUUUCUGAAAUAAAUUUGGAUUAAAAAU